AAUGGAGAAUGUUUUGACGUAUCGGCUAGAUUGGAACGGAUGAGGGGAGGAGAGGAGUUGGAUGUGCAAAGUCUAUGCUCUAAACGAAACCAUGACCAGCCUCCAAGAGGCCAUUGCCAACGGCAAUGUGUCCACAGUGCGGCAUAUCUUAAAGAGCAACACAUGUUCUCAACAGGAACUCAAGAACUGUCUCUUCUUUAGUUGUGGUAGUGGUAAAGUUGAUUGUGCUGCAUCCAUCUUAGAGACAGCCAUAUCUCCAGAUCUGCAUAAUGAGGAUGAGUUUACUCCCCUGACUCUUGCAUCCCGCGGCGGGCACAGUGCUGUAGUAGAUCUCCUUAUUCGAUGGGAUUGUGACGUUUCAAUUCCAGGAGGACCACUGACCAACACCCCUUUACACUAUGCCUGUAGCGAGGGUUACAACGAAUCUUGCAAACUGUUAGUUGAGGCUGGUGCCGAUCUGAAUUCUAAAAAUGCCAGGUCUGACACCCCUCUCAUCCUUUCUUCUAUGAACGGCCACAUAAGUAUUGUCAAGUACCUUCUUGAGAAGAAUGCAUCUGUGAGGCGACGAGGUUAUCACGAGAGAACCGCUCUCCAUUGUGCUACCGAGAAUGGUCAUCUCGAGAUAUGUCGUCUACUUAUCAAUGCUAACUCUGAUCUAGAGGAGGAAGAUACAUUUGGAAACACACCUCUGAUCUGUGCCGCAGAAAAGGGAUAUGUCGAGGUUCUGAAACUGCUUCUUAAUCACAAAUGUGAGGUGAACAAGAUGAGCCAUAGUGCUGCCACGGCACUUCAUUUCGCCGCACAACACGGAGAUCUGAACUGCUGCCGACUUCUCCUAGAUGGUGGAGCGGAAAUCGACGCUCCGGAUAUUCGUCGAUUUACUCCGCUUAUGAUGGCAUCUCUUAAUGGCCAUGACCAUAUCGUUGAUUAUCUAGUGGAGCGAAAGUGUAAUGUGAAUAUGGUAGCAUAUAAUAAAAGGACGGCUUUACACCUAGCGGCAGAAAGAGGAAAUCUUCAAUGCUGUAUUUCGCUGCUCAAAGCUGGUUCAAAUAUUGAUGCGCAAGAUUCAUUGGUGUGUACACCUAUUUACAAUGCAGCUAUCAAAGGCCAGGCCGCAAUCGUGCGAUUUCUGAUCGACAGCGGCGCAGAUCUGAACAAGCGUCCCAGCAGCGGCAAUUCUAUUCUUCACUUUGCUGCCACAGGUGGCAGUCAGGAGUGCUGUCAAGAGCUUCUUAACACCGGCUUUGAUAUCAAUGCUCAGAAUCGGGAUGGCGUUACACCUUUGAUAGCAGCUGUAAAUGGAAAGCAAAUUAAGGCUGCAAAAUUUCUGCUAGAUAAUGGAUCUGAUACUAAUUUUCGAGAUCUUCAUGGUAUGACGGCACUGAAUGAGGCAGUCUUUUACAACUGCCCGCAGCUUGUUGCUCUUUUACUGGAGUAUGGUGCAAAUCCCGACUUGGAGGACUAUGCGGGGACUCUUCCUCUAUGGUUUGCGGUAGAUGGCUUUAGCAACGAGUCGGUGAAGCUGUUACUUGGUGCUAACUGUAAAUUUGACAUACAGUCAACGCUUAGUAGCUACUGUGGUCCAUGCAAUGCCAUCGAACAUUCAGUACAUAAGAAGAAAGCCAGAGUGCUGAACUGGCUGGUAUCGGCCUACUGUGAGGAAGCCCUUAAUGUUCUGAAGGAACACUUGCCCAAAAUAGAAAAGAUGACAUCACUAAAUUCAAAUAUGUUGGAGCUUGUGCGUGAAGUGACGUCAUCACCUAGACCACUGAUGGAACACGCCAGGAAGGGAGUGCGCGCAACACUGGGAAAAGGCACCGGUAUCACAGAGAAAAUUGAGUCACUCAAGGUGCCGAAAUGCAUUAAAAGAUAUCUGAUGUUUUCUGACAUGGAAAACGACACGGAAUCUUCAAAAUGACAACGUAUUUCAAGCGCACACAAUUGUAAUAUGUGUGGAGUAUAUAGAUAUGAAUUAGAACCGAAAAAAUAUCUAUGGUGCGAGAGGGAAUUUAUAAGUUAAGACAGUGCUGUAAAUAUUGGCAAUAGUACAUUGUUUAAACUUUUUUUCAUACAGCUAACUGCUUAUUGUUAUGUAUUUAUGGUUUAUUAUUAAACAGAUGUGUUUAAGACAUAGAACAUACAGAUGAUUCGGAUAGAUAGCAAACACAUAUGUAAAAGGAUUGUUAUGUUUAUUGCGUUUUAAUUACUGGAUACUCAAGUAAUCCUAUUUUUAUUUCGUUCGUUUUUAGUUUAGUACAUCAGAUAUACUUAGCAACAAAACUAUGUUAAGUAUUUCAAUCAUAAGGCAGUUUUGGAUUUCUGCCUUAACUUAAGCAUAAUUUAUCACGGAAUUAGUUAAGUGUGUAUAAAUCAAAUUCUUUGUUCCGAUUAUUUAUGUUUUACUAGUCACUGGAUACGGUAAGAGAGAACCGUGGUUCACAUGGUGGAGACUGAACAGAAAAAUGCAUUAUUUUCUAUUUCAAAUGUAAUACCGCAAAUGCAGUUAUAGAAUACAACGUGUCGAACAGUACAUGGUAUAAAAAGUGCAAAAGUGGUAAAUUAAUUUCAGUUACAUGAUGUCACUACGAGAAUUAAACAGAAGUGACUGAGCUACUUUCAUACAGAAGGUAAACAGAACCUAUUUGGUUGAAACAGUACUUGCUUGCGUGUUUAGGUAUCAUAAUCAGUAUAAAGAGUACAUGUCACGUUAUGUUCAGUAUACAGAUAGUAUCAGUGGUAUUGUAAUGUAAGUCGAAUUGUUUGCGUUUCCACGCUCACGGUAAUAUUGCAUGCGGUCAUGUGAACCAAAUAGAGAAAACGCAGAAUGCAAUAGGAGUUACGACGGAUUUAAACGUUGUGUAUUGUUUUGUUUUUGUUUUUGUUUUGUUAUUUAUGUCUUUUGUAUAAACAGAAAUGUCUAGUGAACAUUUCUAUUUAUUGUUUUACUCGACAUCUUUUAAUUGAAUUAAUUGCUUGUUAUUCAAAUGUAUCAAAUUAAUUUGCCAAUAUUAACAAUUAGAAAAUACAUGGUUGUAGGUAGCCUAGUUAUGUAGAAUCACGGAGUUAAAUAUAAUUAAGUCCGUGAUACAAUGACGAUUUACUUUAUUUUUUAUGUAGUCAGACAAAUUUUUAAAGUAAAUAUUUUAAAUUUUUAUUUGAUUUUAAAAUGGUUAUUUGUUUAUCAACAAAUGUGUCAGGAAAAAAACGAUUGAUUUCGAUUGAUAGACUUAAUCUGAUUACCACUGCCACUGCUGUGAGGAUCCUUAUCGGGCCGACUUUAUAGCCCGUUGUUCUCAAUCGGAUUACAAACACAUUUUUCUCUAAGCUUAUAGCGACUUUUUUAUGAUGGCGAUGGUUUGAUUUCUGAAUUUUUGAAAAGUGGUUCGGAUCUUUUUUUGUCAUUAAAUUAGAAGUUAGAAUUGCUACCUUUUCAACUGGUGAUCCGGACAAAUGCUGUAAUAAUAUGUGAUGUAAGGGUAUGUACAGAUACAGAAAGAGUUUUUGACAAAAUUUAUCAAUUUUUGAGGAAAUGUUUUAGCUCUGAAUGAGUUCCAAACUAUGCUUAUUUAUAGCCAGUAAUUGGCGAAUCGGUAAUGAAGAUGCUGGGCACAAACUUAUCCUGCGGUUGACCAAUGAAGGUGAUGGGCACAAACAUUCUCGACGGUAACCACUGAGAGUGUCGGGUUCACACUGACCCAGUAAGGACCAAUAAAAAAUUCGGACUCGGACAGUCCGGUAAAUAUGAACAAGUGUAUUAACUAAGACAUUUUCUUGCCUGUUAUUACGAGUUAGCAAAGGAUAUGCAACUUUAAUUAAAGCAACAUAUAUAAGAUAAA